AGAGAGAGAGAGGUAGAAAUAGAAAGAGAAGGGUAUGCGGGUAACAAAGUAGUUGGUAAAGAGGAAGGAUAAGUCACAAGUCCCUGUCACAAGGCUCUUCCUGUCAUUCUAUGCUGUAUUAACCCACCACAUGGAGGUGAGCACCAGUGUUGUUCGGACAGUAGAGCUGAAUGAUGGCACACGCAUGCCCCUGCUGGGUUUGGGAACAUGGAAGUCAAGCAGUUCAGCAGCAGUGUGUCAAAGUGCGGUGGAAGCUGCCAUAGCUGCUGGUUACCGUCACAUAGACACAGCCUACAGCUACCGCAAUGAGGUCGAGAUCAGCAAGGCCCUCCGCUCCAAGAUGCAGCAAGGCAUCAUCCAACGACAAGACAUGUAUGUCGUCAGUAAGUUGUGGAGUACACACCAUGCGACCCAUGACAUCCCAUUGUGUCUAAACAAGUCCCUGAGUGACCUGCAGCUGGACUAUCUGGACCUGUAUCUGAUGCACUUCCCUGUAGGACUGAAGAAAGUGGAUGAUGAGCUCUUCCCUAUGAGAGAUGGAGAAAUGCUCACCACUGACAUUGACUAUCUGGAUGUGUGGAAGGGGAUGGAGGCCUUGCAGGCCUCAGGGAAAGUGAAGAGCAUUGGCGUGUCCAACUUCAACGUCCUCCAGCUGGAGAGACUGCUCUCUGUGGCCAAGGUUCCCCCUGCAGUCAACCAGGUGGAGCUGCAUCCCUACCUGGUCCAGUCUGACCUGGUGGAGUUCUGCAAGUCUCGCAACAUCACCCUCACUGCCUACAGCCCCUUAGGUUCCCCUGGAAGACCCAAAGAAUUUCACUGUGGAGACACUGAUCCUGAAAAGCUGCUGGAAGACCCUGUGGUAGGAGACGUGGCUAAGAAGCACCGACGGAGCCCUGCUCAGGUACUGCUGAGGUACCAUGUGCAGCAGGGUAUUGCAGUGAUCCCCAAAAGUGUGAAACCCAAUCACAUUCUGGAAAACACUAAGAUCUUUGACUUCUCUCUGACUGAGGAGGACAUGUCGGCACUGAGAGGACUGAAUAGAGGCUGGAAGAGCUGCAUCAUCGACUCCUUGAAGUCUCAUCCAUACUACCCCUUUGAAUGAGAGUCCCUGGGGAUCAGAGACAAGAGACAGAGAAGUCACUUGGGAGAAUAAGAUAACUGUUUCUCAACCUGAGAACAAGGCCAGAUUACUAUCCACCUCCUCAACAUUGGCCUGCACAUGGUCUUCAACCAGUGUUUAUUGUUUACCUAUAAUGUGAAAUUGUGAUGAUAAAUAGAAAUGUGGUGCUGAAGGUA